UCCAGGGCUCUGAGACAAACGGCUGGGGGUGGGCGGGUAUCGCUGCGCGCGCAGCAGGCUCUCGUCAUUCGCAGACCAGUUUGAAUUGUUGCCGCGAAGGACCGUCGCCACCAUGUCGUUUCUCCAGGGAAGCCCCCUCGGUGACCGCGCUCAAAAGAGAAUGAGUCUGCAACCCCUAACUGAAGAAAAUAUCAGCAAUGACAUAGCUGGUGAAAGUUUUACUCUACUUCUCGUAACUCCAGAGGCCACAGGCAGGAUUUCUCCAUUGCAGAAAGAAAACAUGCCACCAAAGGGGAUCAUGAAGCCUAGGAAGGUAACCUUUCAAACCCCUUCGUGCGAUUCCUCUAAACGCAGAAGUCUGAGUCCAGACAUAAGAAAGAAACCUGAAAUUGCUUCAAUAGAAGAUAAUUGUGUAGAGGUUCCAGUGGAUCUUGUCUUGCCUGCAUCCAAUGCUGUGGAAGCAGAGACUGAGCAGACUGUAAGUGAAAACCAGGCUGUGGCUAAGGCAGAAACUGAAGCUGAAUCUUUAGUGGAACUAAUGAUACACCAAAGUGUUUCAUCUCUUGAGGCCUCAAACCAAGAUAUUUUGUCUUUAAAUGGACAGUCACUUGUGGACAACCUCUUGGAUGGACCUUCUUGUAGAAAGACUGAAACAACAGUGAAUGAAAGCAACUGCAUAAUGGACAAAGAAAAUGUCGAAUUCAGAUCACCCUUGGAAGUUCUAGGAAAUGGCAUAGAAGUAGAUUAUCUGGAACAGUUUGGAACAGCCCCGUUUAAAGAAUCAGUUCUGAGAAAGCAAUCUCUGUACUUGAAGUUUGAUCCUCUGCUCAGUGAGAGUCCCAAGAGUCUUGGUCCUGAUGCUUGUGAAUCAAUACCUGCAGCUCGUGAAAUACUUCAAAAUGGACUGUCUACAGAAAUAGCAACUGUGGAAGAAAAGCCAUUGGGGUUGGACCUUCUAGGAACUUUUCCAGAUGUGAGCAACAGUUUUCCAGACCUGCCAACCAGUGAUGAUACUUCAUUGUUCUCUUGUACACCUUUGACUGAGGCUAUUAUAGAAGUGUUGAAAUACAGCCAGAAAGACAUGGAUGAAGCUGUAGAAAAGGUUAAGCAGGAGAUGGAUGUUGUUGUCAAAAAGCUUACAUCUGAGGUGCAAGAAAAGCAGAAUGAAGUACUUGAAUGGAAAAGGAAGCAUGACAAUUGCUAUAUUGAAAGCCAAGAAAUGAGAAAAAUUGUUGCGGAGUUUGAAAGCACCAUAACGCAGAUGAUGAAGGAUUCCGAGGACCAAAAGGAGCUUUCAAAAAAAGAACUUCAGAAAGUAAUGGAUGAAAAACAACAAGUUAUGUCUGAUCUGAGUUCCAUGGAAAAAUCUUUCUCGGAGCUCUUCAAAAGAUUUGAGAAACAAAAAGAAGCAAUAGAAGGAUUUCAGAGGAAUGAAGAGGCUCUAAAGAAAUGUGUUGAGGAUUACUUUGAAAGAAUUAAGAAGGAAGAGCAGAGAUACCAAGCACUAAAGGCACAUGCGGAAGAAAAGCUGUCCCAAGCAAAUGAAGAGAUUGCCCAAGUAAGAAGCAAAGCCAAAGCAGAAGUGGCAGCACUCCAAGCCAGUUUGCGCAAAGAACAAAUGAGAAUCCAGUCACUAGAGAGAAGCAUUGAGCAAAAGGAAAAAGAAAACUAUGAACUAACAAAAAUCUGUGAUGACUUGAUUUCAAAGAUGGAGAAAAUGACUUAAAUCUUUAUGAAUUUUGCUGAUCUUUAUUCUUCAGAAGACUUUUGGUGGUUGAAUAGUAUUAUUUCUGUAAAUAAAAAUGUUGGUGCAUUUGUA